UACUGUGGGUUUUUUUCGUUGUAGACCAAGAUGAAGGGAGAACCAGAGGAAAGGAGCCGCACUGGACACAGGCGGCCAUGCUUUUCAUAAUCAGUUGGUGAGCUGUGAUUCUCGGCCGUGCAUGACACAUCUGGAUACAGGCAGUUGGCUUAAGAGGAGGUGUGUGUGACUGCAUGAGAGAGAGAGAUGGUGUGUGAAAGCGAGAGAGUGUGUGCCCUCAGACUCCUCACUGCGCAGUCCUUGCGCACACAAAUGGAAGAUGGACUCUGAAGACAACUGUGACCAUCCCUUUGAUCCCGUUCCCAUGCACAACAUGAACACGCCGUGACUCUAAGGUGCCUUGACUGUAUCAUGUAGUCAUAAAAUGGCAGAGAGUGGAAGCAAUUGGGAACAUGGAUGUGAGAAGGAAUCAAGAGGAGGUGGGAGACCUCUUCAGGACACCCACAGCCCUGAUGUUCUCCCUAACUCCCUUGGAACAAAGCGGCACCUCCCUCGAAGGAUUGUUAUACAGCUGACAGGAACGGAGGGAGAAUGGAGCAGCCUUGAUGAGAGCGAGCUUAUCUUCUCGCUUGAUCGUGAUGAGGACUCCCCCUCAGUGUCUCAUUCAAGUCAGAAGCAGCUCUCCAGUGACCAUGACAGAGGGUCCCAAGCAUUCCACGUCCCACUUUCACCCUCGUCUCCCAGUUCUCUCGGGAAUUGCUCCACUACAGGUCCCUGCUACCUCUCUCCAGGCCCUUCCUCGCCCACUCAUCGACCCUUAGCCAGUCUGGUAAAGUCGCUCUCUACAGAGCUGGAGCUGAGAGAGGGCUCCACCCUUAGACCGAAACCCCUUCUCAGCCUUGUGAAAUCCAUCUCUACUGAACUCUCACGAUCUGAGCCUGAGGUGUCGCAGUCAAAAUCGGACUCUCGCCUCAACCUCCACCUAUUGAAGCAGCUUACACAACCCAAGACCCGAAGCAGUGGGGACUCUCGGACAGCGCCUCCAUCUCCCAGCACGCUCUCACCAAGUGGCGAGGGUCUGAAAGGUGGCUUCUUCAAAAUGGAACUAGAGGACACCAAGAGGAAACUCUCUGAGGCAGUCCACGAGCCCCUGAGCAGUAUGUUCAACAAGAUCAUGAGAGAAGACAGCAUGGGCAGCCCCAAACACCAGUCUAAGACUACCCAGGUCAUCUCCAGAGGUUUGGGCCGGGAAAGUAGCACAGACACGGUGGUCUCAGAAUCUCCUGUGAGGAGCAGUGGCAGAACAGAGGGUGACAUUUUUGACUGGCCUUCGGUUAGGUAUCCUGGGAGAAACCCCCGCAGCACUUGCCCAGUCCAUCAUUGCAAACAUAUCAGGGAUGAAGAGCAAGGAUUGUAUUCAGAUGGAGACAUAAUGCAGGUUUUUCCCGUUGAUACUCCCCAGCAGACGAGGAGACUGCCUCGGGUUGCACCACCACCACUUAGGACCUAUCCACUUCACCCACCCAAUCCUCCACCAUGCAUGAGUUUAUUCUGUGUGGCAACACUAUUCUAUGGCUAUUUUACUUUACCUCUGAAUCCAUACUUCUCUGGCAUGGCUUUGGGGUUAGCAUUGGGCUUUUUACUAGGACUCUUACUCAUUCGAAUGGGCUCUUCCAGGUCCAGAACAGCACUGGCUCUCCUUGGUGAGGGGAUUCUGAGAGAUACCUCCACUGAGCCUGAGAUCACCAAGGGCUGGAUGAAUGAGAUCCACGAUUAUGACCCAGAAACCUCCCAUUCAGUGCAGACACACUCUGUGUUUGCCACACUGGAGGGAUCCUGCCUCCGACUGGACACCCCCCAGUCGAACAUCAGUCGAAGGGCCACGUAUGACGAGAGAGUCCACGAGUCCACUUUCAUCAAGACACGCUCCUACCAGCUGGAAGAGAGCAAAGUGUUCUUGCUGCCAUCUGUGUUGGCCCGGAAACGAAUAUGGAACCCCAAGUAUCCCAUCUGCAUCCAGCUGGCCAGCAACUCCCAGAAGGAUACUGGACAAAGGUUGGAUGGGAGUCAGGAGGCGGAGCAGCCAGGAGCUGAACCCAGAAGUUCAAGUUCAUCUGAACCCACCCGUGACCCAUGUACAACUCUUUACCUCUUUGGACGCACGGGACGGGAGAAGGAGGAGUGGUUUCGCCAUUUCCUGCUCGCAUCCGUGAAUGCAGAGCGCGAAAAAGACCACAACAAACCAAAGCCUGGCAGAUGUGUGCCUCGAUCGGGUGACCCAGUACUGUCGCAGAGCAUCAGCGGCCAUGGUGAUAUCCCAUGCAGCAGAGACUCCACCAGCAGAGUGGGCAGCAGUGGAGACGAUGCCCCCACCACGCCCCCGGUCUCCUCCACCCCUGCAGCUCCUCUCAGUCAUGCCUCCGGCAGCACCACCAGGGGCCUUUCACUUCUCGACUACCCUGAGUAUAUGUCUCGUCUUCUGGCUACAGAAGACUUGCCCCCGCUCUCAAGCCCUGGCGUUGGCAGCACAGAAACAAGCCCCAACCUCAAAGGAAAUUGUACCUGUGAUUUGGCGGAGUACUGUGGGAGGAGUUCGACCGCAUGGGUGAACGCUCUGAUUGGUCGCAUCUUUUGGGACUUCUUGAGAGAGAAGCACUGGGCUGACGUGGUUUCCUGCAAGAUCCAGAAGAAGCUCAGCAAAAUCAGACUGCCUUACUUUAUGAAUGAACUGGCCCUGACUGAGCUAGACAUGGGCUGUUCUAUGCCACAAAUCACAUCCACCUCUCGGCCGGAGGUUAACCACAGAGGCCUGUGGGUGGAACUCCAGCUGGCCUACAAUGGUACUCUGCAGAUGACCCUGCAGACCAAAUUUAACUUGUCCAAACUGGGCAAAGAGGGCGGCCAGGACACUGACUGGUUGACUGAAAAUGGAAGCACACGUUGCAGACCCAUCCUGAGUGUGCUGGCAGACAGUGAUGAGGAGUCUUCCAGUGCUGGUUCAUCUGAUGAGGAAGAGCUGCUUCUCUCUGAGCUUCAGGGUCCUGCUGGGGAAAAGGGUCCUACAUCUGGACCAGAGGGAACAGGGGGUGGAAGGACUGGAAGGAAGAUUUUGAGAUUUGUGGACAAAAUCGCAAAAUCCAAAUACUUUCAGAAGGCGGCAGAGAAUGAGUUCAUCAAGAAGAAGUUUGAGGAGAUGUCAAACACUCCCUUGCUGCUCACAGUGGAGGUGCAAGAGCUGUCAGGCUCUGUGGUUGUCAACAUCCCACCGCCCCCUACGGAUAGAAUAUGGUACAGCUUCUGCGCACCACCCAAACUCGAUCUCCAUGUCCGACCCAAAUUAGGUGAGAGGGAAGUGACUUUAUGUCAUGUGACUGAAUGGAUUGAAAAAAAACUGCAGGAUGAGUUUCAGAAAGUAUUUGUCCUGCCAAACAUGGAUGACAUCUACUUACCCAUCAUGCACUCGGGUGUGGACAGUCCCUGUGCAUCUCCACAGAGCUCGACUGAGUCCAUCGAGCGUAACGCAUUUGAGGUCACUGCGACAGAGCCAGACUGUAGCACCACGACAUUUAAAUAACAAGUGAUAGGAAACAAUAUAUUCAGAUAAACUCCACAUAUACUGUACUAUUGUUUGAAGGUGGGUUUCUUUGAGGGAAUACGCUUGUCUUGAGUUAUAUAAACAGGACUGUACAUGUUUAUAUGGUUUGUCAUAUUCAUUUUUUUAAUAAUGAUCAUUUAUUCAUGAUGUAUUAUUAUUAUUAUUGUAUCGGUGUACUCUUUUUUGCAAAUGUUUACAUCCCUAUGAGAUUAUUAAUUUGCCGCGUUAUAUUGGCUCAUGAUCAAUAUUAAACAAAAAAGUUCAACAAACAAAUAACUUAUUUGGAUUUUUUAUUUUCAUUUUUCCAAAAUCAAGAAAAACCUCCGCGUAAAAUCUUACAUUUUUUAACUGAAAUGUCGCCACUUGUCCAACCAGGCGGCAGUUGCUCAGUCCUUAAGGACACUCGGAACCUGAUGGUGUCGGUUCGGGUCCUGUUGUUGGAGAGAUGCUCAUCUGCUAUCAGGUACCAACACCCUCCUGGUCUCAGCCCCCUCACUCUGACUUCUCUCCUUGCAUGUCUGCAUGAGUCUAAAUUUAAGUUCCCUUCGAGGGAUUAUUAACAGUAUAAUAUAUUUUAAAAUCAAGAACCUCCAAAAUUUUUCAUUUGAAUGAAAGAUACAUCGUGAGAUGCACUGGGACACAUCAUCAGUGAUGUUCCUGAGUUCAUCGGGCGUUUCGGGUCUUUCAACAUCAUACGCCCUCACUCAGGUGACCCAGCCUAGGGUUGAUCAUUCCCUGGCUUGUGUCCCAGUAGCAUGGGCCCACAGAUCGCUCCUCCUGAUCCACAGCCACCUGGAGGCUCUCUCUGCUGCCUCCAUGGUGGACUUAAUGGCUUUCCGUUUUGCAGUCCCGGUGAUGCCAAGUAGUGUGAAAACCUUGCACAAUGAGCGGCCAGCAAAGCCCCUGCACCCUACUUCAAUGGGCUUGCAUCGUGCCUUCCACCCUGCUCUUAGGCAUUGCUCAACCAGCUCCUGGUACUUUGACCGCUUCUGCUCGUUUGCCUCCUCUAUAUGAUCCUCCCAGGGAACUGUCAGUUCUAACAGAAGCACCUGCCUUGAAGAGACUGACGCUAGCACGAUGUCUGGCCUCAGGGAAGUUGCUGUAAUGUGGUCUGGGAACUUGAGCUGCUUGUCUAGGUCAACUCGGAGAUCCCAGUCCACUGCUGAGGUGAGAUAGCCUGCUGGUUUGGGCUGUGGUAGUGGUUGCUCUCCAGCCCUGACAAAGGCAAUGUUCCUCUUGCCAAGCUGUUGCUUGUGGCUGAUGUUUUUGGCCACGGCCUUGGAGAUGGUUUCAGCAACAGUCUUCAGCACCUGGCCGUGCCUCCAACGGUAAGGACCCUCCCCGAGGGCUUUUGAACAGCUGCUUAGGAUGUGCUCCAGAGAGCCUUUCCUGGAGCACAGGGCACAUGCUGGAGAGUCACCCAUGCCCCAGAGAUGGAGAUUGGCUGGGCUGGGCAGGACAUCAUAAACAGCACGGACCAUGAACCCGAUGCGCUGGGGUUCUGCCUUCCAGAUCUCAGACCAGGUCACCUUCCUCUCCAGCACCCCCUCCCACUUUGUCAAUGCUCCCUGCUGCUUCAUGCCCACCAUCCUGCUGGUCCGUUCCUCCUCGACCCGCACCUCCUUCAGGACUAGCUGUCGUUUGUCCUUUCCAUGUGCCUUCUCAUAGCAAGGUUGAGGAAUCGCACCCAGCCCAGAUCGACCCAUUGCCACCGUGCCCACCAGAGCCCUGUGUCUCAGCCGGGACUCAGCCACCACCAGACCAUCUUGAGCCCUCCAUUUCCUGCCAGUUCGCACCACGAUGCUUCUUUAGAGUCCUUGGAGUCGCGAUAGAGCAAGGCCUCACUUGUGCGAGAGACCCUGAACUCUUCAUCAAGGCUGCUGAAAGGGAGCUGUAGUUUGUUGGUCCUCCCAUACAGUGUUGCACUGCAUAGGCUGCGUGGGAAGCCCAUCCAUCUACGGAGGUAAGUGCUGAUCCUCCUCUCCAGAGUCUCUACAGUCGACACGGGCACCUCGUACACCAACAGAGGCCAAAGUACCCGGGGUAGGACGCCAUGCUGGUAAAUAAACGCCUUAAACCUGCCGGGUAAGCCAGACUUGUCAACUGCCGACAGCCACGUCUCAAGCUCCUUGAUGGUGAUUUGGAUUGAUGCAGAAUCCCUGAGACUACAGUCAAAGAUCUUGCCCAGGCUCUUGACUGGUUUCUCGGUGAUAGAUGGGAUUGCCGUGCCAUCCACAAAGAAGCGAAACUUGUCUACCACUUUUCCCUUCUUCAACACCAUUGCCCUGGAUUUAAUUGGUUUGAAGCUCAUUCUUGCCCAGGAUAUGAGCUUUUCCAGGCCCUGGAGUAUCCAUCUCCCACCAGGCACAGAUGUCGUGGUGACGGUGAGAUCGUCCAUAAAGGCUCUGAUGGGUGGUUGCCGAAUGCCAGACUUGGACAGAGGACCUCUGCACUCCCUUUCGGCUGCCUUGACUACCAUGUUCAUGGCCAGGGCAAAAAGGCUAACUGAGAUCGUACACCCAGUUAUAAUGCCCUUUUCGAGCCUGUGCCAGUCAGAUGUUGUGCUCCCAGAAGUGACUCUGAGUCUGAAGUUCCCGUAGUAAUUCAGAAUGAGGUCCUUGAUCUUCCUGGGUACAUGGUGACGGUCCAGGGUAGUCUCAACAAGCUUGUGGGGUAUGGAGCCGAAGGCAUUGGCCAGGUCAAGCCAGAGCACGACGAGGUCUCCCUUGCCCUCCCACGCCUCCCUGAUUAGCUGGGUGACUACUCCGGUGUGUUCUAGGCAUCCUGACACACCAGGGAUACCACCUUUCUGGACGGAGCCGAAGGCAUUGGCCAGGUCAAGCCAGAGCACAACAAGGUCUCAGAGCACGACAAGGUCUUUAAUCUGAACAAAGAUUUUACUAAAAAGCAAAAGCUGCUUAUUGGGAUUUGUCCUGUGUGCAAUGUCUUAUCAUUUUUCUUUCACUUUCUGCAUUUAGAAUAAAAAAAAUACGCAAGUGCUAACAGAAAUUGUUCGGAACAGGGCAGGCACUUCACAUAAAAGGGGACUGGACUAAUGCUGUGUCUGUCACAUCUUUUAGGCAGCUAUCAAAUCAACAAGUAGAACAGUAAAUGAUAUUUUUUUAAUUAAUUGGUUCCAGACCUGACCACGGAUUUCUGCAAAGUAGGAUUCAAUAUAAAUAAAUUAAAUAUUUUGUAUACAUAAUAUUAUAUAUAUAUAAUAUUUUGGAAUAUUAGAGCCAUGUAGCCGCACGGUGGCCUAGUUGUUAUGUUGGCCACACAGUCAGGAGAACCGGAAGACCUGGGUUCGAUUCUCCCUUGGGCAUUUCUGUGAGGAGUUUGCAUGUUCUCCCCAUGCGUGCGUGGGUUUUCUCCGGAUACUCCGGUUUCCUCACACAUUCCAAAAAUAUGCAUGUUAGGUUAAUUGGAGACUCUAAAUUGUCCAUAGGUAUGAAUGUGAGUGUGAAUGAUUGUUUGUCUAUAUGUGCCCUGCCAUUGGCUGGCGACCAGUCCAGGGUGUACCCCCCCCCCCCAAUGCCCAAAGUCAGCUGGGAUAGGCUCCAGCAUACCCCUGUGAUCCUAAUGAGGAGAAGCAGCAUAGAAAAUGGACGGAUGGAUGGAUGGAUUAGAGCCAUGUGGACAUGAAAUAACACAGCUGUAGUCACCUUUACACUCCUAUUAUUCUUUGUUUGCACCACAUUGCUAAUGCACAGGCUACGGGAUCACCGCAGGGACAAAAGAGAUGGCCACGGCUGAAUAGCAUGCUAGCGAGCUAACUAGUUAGCCUCCAAUCUAUUUAUUCUAAUUUUAAGAAAGGGUUUCAAAAAGAGUGGGGGAAAAAGACAAAGUAAGAAUCCACGUCCACACGGAGUAGGAGGAGAACUUCACUAUCAUGUUGGCCAUGCCAUGGCUGCAGUGUGAUGGUAAUGCCAUGCAAUGUCAUGUCUGAUCAAUGUUUUGUGUCAUUACUGACAUCUAGUGGCCAGAAUGUGUGGCCCACAUGCUAACCGCUAGCCCACCGUGUGGCCCUUCAUAUAACAUGUCUUUUAAUAUUAUUUCACUAAUAAUGGUUCAUAGUCAACCACGAAACAGCGAUCGUUUAUUAAUUAUUUUUUAAAACCUGUGAUAGAGCAAGGGAGCAAUAUUCAAACCGUGGUAGCGAGAGACAACUCUAGUGCCAGCUUGCCAGCUCUGAAGUUGGUAGAAGAGUUUCCAUUGGGAAAAGUCUUCUGUGUUUUUAUUUAUUCUUCUUUUAAUCAAUGAUAGUGUCCUAGGUUGUGAUCAAACCACCAUUUCAAUCUCCACCUAUAUUCUAUACUCUUUAUCCCAAGUAGGGCCAAAAGUGAGAUAGAGGCAGGGCACAUCCUGGGCUGGUUGCCAGUCAGUCACAGGACACCUAUAGAUAAGCAACCAUUCACACUCCUAUUGACACCUGUGGACAAUUUAAAGUCCCCAAUUAACCUCACAUGCAUGUUUUGGCAUGGUAGAGCAUCCCAAAACAGCAUCAACUUCAUACAGCAGCAACGUAUAGAUCGGAGCUACCAGUAGCUCGCCAGCUGAUUUUGAGUAGCUCACCAAAGGGUCAAAGAAUAUUUGCUUCAACGCUUGGUAUUUAUUUAGGGCUGCAACUAACCAUUAUUUUCUUAGUCGAUUAAUCUGAAGCUUGUUGUUUUGAUUAAUCGAGUAAUCGGUUAGGCCAGGGGUCGGCAACCUUUACCAUGAAAAGAGCCUCCUCUUCCAGUAAAAACAAAAUGGUCGGGAGCCGCGAGAAGGGAACCUAUGGCUCGAGAGCCAGACGUGGCUCUUUUGAUGACUGCUUCUGGCCCUCAGACAUUUCUUAACACGAUAAAAUUAAUUUAAAAAAAAUUUCCGCUGACAUUUUAAAGUAAAACAUUAUAUAAAUCACUGUUAAAAUAAUAUUCAAAGUAUAAAACAUUCUCAUUUAUCCAUCCAUUUUCUACUGCAAUGCGGGUGGCCAGAGCCAAUGCCAGCUCUCCUUCCUUAUAUUUUCCGGGUUAGACACCAAAACUUGAUUAUUACUGGAUAAUGCAGUAGCCUACCCAUGUCAUUGAGAGGUCACAAAUUAAACUUCCCUCCUUUAUAAAGUCAGCUCGCUAAUUCUGCAGAGCAAACCGUUUUGGCAAAGAAGAUGGCGAAAAGAAAGAAAGAUGAGGACUACCGUGCAAAACCACGCAGCACCAGAAGCCGCAUUAAUGGUGAGCAUCAGUAUAACAAUGUUAUUAAAAAUAUAAUACAUUCAGAGACUUAUUAUAUUCUAAAAUUGUUAGUCAUGAAGAUGCAUGUUAGUCAUGCAUUUAGCUGUAAUCAGUGUUAAAAAUAGGAUAUUGCUCUUACAAAAAUACAUUUUAAAAUAUGUGACUUUUAUUCUUAGCCAAAAAGGUUCCUAAGCCCUGCCCUAGACGGACCAAAUCAAUAUGAAUCAAAUACAGUGUUUUGGUCCGUAAUAUAUCAGAAAAGAGGCAAAAAUACAAAUCACUGUUUUCCAAAGUCAACGCUGAUGUGUGUGACACAAAUAUAACAUGUCUGCUUUCAUAGAUGACCCAGGAAAUUAAAAAAUAUUCAUGUAUGAGAGGCUUAAAUCCGAAGAUAUUUACAUUUUUAAAUAAAAAAAAAAAUUAAACACAUACCAAAAUAGUCGCAGAUUAUUUGGAUAAUCGAUGAAUCAUCGAUUAAUUGUUGCAGCUCUACUAUUUUUAUUACUGUUCAAUUUGGACAUAAUACCUCUAUUUCAUGACAAAUUAGGGGAGACCGGGUAUGGUUCUAACAUGGGGAGAGUUGUAACACCACCAAUUCCACCAAUCCGAGAAGAGAUAGAAGUCAUCUGAUCAUUUCAGUGUUUGCCCACUUCCUAAUCGAUCUCACAGUUGUCAAGGCUGGAUACAGCAGCAUGCAGAUUUUAUGAAAAAAAUGAUUUCAUGGUAAGAAAGUAUUUUUUUGGACCAAAACCAAACUUUGUUUAGCACUUAUACAGUUGCAUAUAAAACCAUAUGACUUAAUGUAGAUCAAAUUGUAGCUUGUCAGGCAAAAUAUGAUGCAUUUUCCCCUUGCUUAUUUGUCACUCUAAGCUAAUACAAUUAGCUAAACCAUGGCUGACAACUGUGGGGAGGGCUGUCACAUAGAUAUUAAAAGUGUUACAACCAUCCCCUGAGAUGAAACUAAGAAUAAAUUAUUGAUUUUAAUACUUUUACAGCAUGCCUAUGUAAUGGAAAAGAAAGACAGAGAGAGGUGUGCCUGCUGAUGAUUUUAAAAAAGCAUCUGAUGAGGUCAGAAAGGCAAGUCAGACAGAUCAGUGGCAAAGGAACAUGAGAUCUGCCAUGUAACACUGAGCAGGUACUGCAGAUCACUACAGAAACUGAGAGACCGGGGAUGCCAUUUGGCAACUCAAAGCCAAAAGAAGUGUGGGUAAAAUGUGCCCCAUGUAGUCUUUGGGCCCAUCAAGCCUGCACUCCAGGGCUACCAACAUUCAUUUGUCAACACUGUGAUUCUGAUGAAGACUAUACACACGUAGCCAUACACAUGCACAUUGCUAUUGUUGUUUACACAUACUGGCUGUAUAUAAGACCUAUAUGUUUUUCAUUAAGAGUUCAUUAAGCAUCAGUCCAGCUAUGAACGUUCUUUUAGACUCUAGUAGACACACACCUGAGUUAUUGUAAUGGUAAUGGUUGAAUUUUAUUUGAACAUGCAUACAAGUUACAAUGGAAUACAUCACAUAGUACAAUUCGCAGUUCCACAUGCCACAUUACAGAUUACACAUUGCAGACACAAGAAGCACAGUUUAUUUAAUCCUAUCCCCAAUCCAUUUUACGUUUGUUGCAGAACAUUUAUUCACCUCCUGCAGUUCAUGUGAUCUUUUUAAUACGUACAAAAGGGAUAAGUAAUGUAUCAAUGUGGUAAUAUAAAUGUAUAAAUGUCAGGGUCUCACAAUCAUAAUAAAUAAUCAUCAUAUAUAAUAAUCAGUAUAAUAAUAAAUAAGUAAUAAUAAAUACAAAUAGACAUAACAGAACAAGUUCAAGACUCUUCUUCUUUGUAUUUUGCAAACAUCAACUGCUUGUAUUGUUUCUUGCAAUUGUUCAUUAGUGCUUUGUUUGAGUGAUUGAAUUUGAUUGUACAUACUGAAAUGCAUUGGGUUUUGUAGCGUUGUUCUCACGUAGAAUUGUUUUCACUUUAGUUUUUCCCAGAGGUCACAUUUCGUAGAAAAGUAUUGUAUGGCAUUUUUGGGUUAUUGUUUCGGCUGUUUGGAAAUGUACUAAAUCAGCAAAUUUUAGUAUUUGUGAGUUUAGAAAUAAAAUAUUUGUAUGUUCUCCAUACGUGGCAUUGUGGAUUACCCGAACUGAUCUUUGAAGAUUGAUCUGAAGAUUGCUUUUGUAGUUAUUACCCCCCAUCUCCACACAGUAAGUUAGAUAUGGUAAUACCAGAGAGCAGUUAAACAGACAGCAGUUAAACAGAGGUUGUUUGAGUUAUGGCUAGUCACGAGGACAUUCAUUGUUCUGGAUUGUUCUUUUUUCCCCCACACACCUGUUUUGAAGCAAAUUCUAUGGUGUGGCCUCAGUUUUUUGUUUCUUUUGUGUAAUUGUUACAACUCCCCCAGCAUGCGUUACAACCCACCCCACUGUAACAAAGGAACACUUUGCAUUUGACAUUAAUACAUAAGGUCUGUGCUAUUCUUGCAGGGGUUUCAAUCGGUGCCAUUUGCAGUAAACAAAUAUGGGUAUUUUGUAUAAAAGUUUGAGAACUGUAGCUCAAAAAUUAUGAUUUACAGGCGCUGAAGCAAAAAGUGUUACAGCCAUACCCGGUCCCCCCUACCACAAAAUAGCUUUAAGACAAUGACUGCACUGUGGGAAUAGAGUUCUGCUUUAUGCAUAAAGCACAAUUUAAAUGUUGCCAGUCAUAUAAAUAAAACACAAACAGCUCAGCUCUACUUUUUGUCAAAGUAGCUUUAAUAGUGAUGAGAGUUGGAGACCCCUGAAGAAAAACAGACUGUGAUACCAAAUGCACUUGAACACAUUUUUCGUUGCUGUUUUAAUACAAAAUGGAGUUGUAGCUGGUUGAAAUAAUCUAUGAAAAUAAAUGGUACAAAAAUGAGUAGCUCUCGGCCAUGUUCAUUUUGUAAAAGCAGCUCUCAAACAAACAGCCACACAGCCAUGUUCCAAUUGAGAUUCCUCUAAGCCACCAUGCUGCCCCCAUGUCAGUUUUCAAAUGUCCAAAAGCCUUCAUAAUUUCUAACCACUCCCACACGACAUGAGAUGCCGGCUGAAAUGGCCUCAGAAAAAAGCUGAAAUGAUUCUGUUAAACAGAAUUAGUGUAGUCUGGUUGAUAGGGAAGGGUGCGAGUGGAAAGAUGGCAACAAGACACGUGACACCCUGCGGGAUUUGGAAGAAGUGAAAGUCGAAGUCUAAUAAAACGUGUUAUUCUGGUUUGACGAGGAUUUGCGCCAGCUGUGAACACAAUGAUCAAUUACCACACUCAUUCAUUAAACCAAAAAUAGAUUAAACGUGUGCCAGAAAGUCAUUCCGAGCAUUCCAGCAGAAGGAAAUUGCUUUUUAAAUGUAUUUUGUAGCCCAGCCAAGGUUAGAGAAGGGAUAGAUGCAGUGAAACGUAAUUGUAAAACCAAAUCAAAGAAAACCACGAAUGAGAGCGUGAACUUUUACUUCAUGACUGAACAUUGAUUUGACCAAAAAGACAUGUUUGCAUCAGCUAAAAGUUAUGAUGAAAUUUCAUGUGACACAUGUGUGUGUGCGUGUGUGUGUGUCUGUACCUGCCAGCCACCCUGACAACCUUAGGAAGGUCCAUUUACGAGGUUUCGCUUGGAAGAAGGCAGCUUUUUUCUGAGCUUUUUCUGAGGUCAUUACAUUUUUAACAUUUCUUAAAUGCAUGUUAAAUGCGCUUAAAAAUGAAGUGCUUUAAACAAUUCAUUGUAAAGUGACAGAAAAAUGAAGAAAAGCAUAACAUAUUUAAAUAGUUGUAUUAUUUCUUGAAAAAGAAUAAUAAAUAUCUUCUCUGGCAGCGUCAAUCAAAACUGAGCAUUAUUCUACUUUUGUCAAGGAAAAUGCUUGAUGCAGCUUUGCUUAUCUUUACAGGCCUCGGUGGGAAAAGCACAUGCGCGGCUAAAACAAAAAGCAAUAAUAUAUAUUACUGAUCAUUUAAAAACAAGAACAAAUCUAAAAGUCAUGAAAAACAAUCCAAAAAAUAGUUUUAAAAAAUGACACAGGCUAAAACAGCAAUCCUUUCAAAAAACCCAAAGGGCUAUUAGAUUAGAUUUAUCUUAUUUUAUUUGUUGUACUGGAGUGUUUGGCCUGGAAGGAUGUCUGCGCUCUUCUUAUCGCCAGUCUAUAAUCGAAUAUGUAAUAUGUAAUAUGUGUCGCAGAAGUUUAAUGAUACCAAUCAAUGCUUGGAUAGUACAUUUAUUGAUUUAUUGAGUGUUGUUUCUGGUAUCGGUCCAGCACAACCUUAUCUUUGUCACCUUCAGAAGAUUGUCGUAAUCUUAUGUGUCAUAAUAUGAUAAAUGGAGGCUCUUACGGGUAGUGUGUCUACAUUACAAUGCACACAAACACAAGGUUUGGGGAAAAAAAGGGGGAAGAGGACUGUCUUCCCAUCACAAUCCCGUUUUUGGUAAAUCAUUCACCCUUGUUUCCUCGUCUUUGUCUGUAAAUACAAUCAGUCCUUUCUUGGGUGACAGCGGCUCCCUCCCAGCACAAACAAAAACAUGCGUUUCCUUACAACAAAAUGCCCCUUGUGUCCGGCAAAUAGAGAUGAAAGCAUCAUGCUUUGCGAACAUAAGAUGCGUUUGAGAGACUUAAUCUCCUUCCUGGUCGAACCAUGCUGAAGUUACACUUAUUUCACAGUUGCACUUCAGGUACUGUAAGUAGUUAGGUACAGGUACUGUACAGUAGUUAGCAAUAAAUGCAUCACCUUUGUAGGAACACAUCUAAAGCUACUCAUCCCUGAUGAAGCAAGCGGGGAAAGCCGGAGGGAAACACAAGGCACAAGGUAGCGACGUGUUGGGAAUUUAGUGAACUGACUGAUCACGGAGGAGCAAGAGGUCAUUUAAAUAUUUGCUCUUCUGGAGCUCGGUCUCGCAUAGCUGCACAGGUUGAUAACUUUCAGUUCACCUUUCUUAAAUUGUUUAACCUCAUUUGUCAUCCACUGACAAAUAUUCAAUAGAAUGUUUUCAGAUAAAAAAAAACAUUCUGAUCUAAUCAUUAGUAUUAUUAUUAUUAUUAUUAUACUCGUAUUACCCAAUAUGGUAGACAUAAUCAGUAGGGGUCUCACAAGAUCUUGUGUCAAAAGAUUAAAACGUGACAAGAUUUCUCGUUCAGGAAAAAAAAUGUCUCAUGGGCACAAGGCCAGGCACCAUAAUAAAUAAAUAAAUUAAUCACAUAAUAAAUGGUCGGUCAUUUUGCCGGCCUCAAUAUAUCGCCAUGUGCAUGCGUGCCUGUUUUCCUCGUCUCUCGCCUCCAAACAGGCAGGACGAGGAUUCUCUCUGUGGAUUCUGUGCAUUGGUUCAGCACGUUGGCACCCUUGUUUCAUAGAACAACAGCAUGAACAGAGUGAGCCACAGUCAUACAGUCUCUUUGUCUCGGUACACGCAGAGCGCAGAAGAGUGUAGAAAUUUAAUUUGUAGAUUGCAAUAGACAUAUAUAUUUAAUAUUUUUUUCAUUGUACUUGUGAAGUGAAAUUAAAAUCUCGUCCCGUAGACCCAAUCUUGUGUAUCGUCUUGUCUCGUGAACUGGGUGUCUCGUGAGACCCCUACUUAUUAACUAUAACAAUGUCAAGUUGUCAAGACGAACACUAAUUCCCAUGCAUACUAUGCUGUUUGCUUGCGGCACUACGCUAUUUUAAUUUGUAAUUAGAUCUGCUUCAUAGAUGAAGUUUUGUUAUUACUCAAAUGGAGUUAGCUUGCACCCAUAACCAAGAGCCAACUUUCACUUUCAUUCUGACAAUCCAAGACUUAUUAAAAUGCUCCCAGUAAACCAACAAGCACGAGCAUCAUUCCAUUGUAUUUAUGCAUGACAGCAUUUGAGGUAAAAUUAGCACUGCUUCUUGUAAAUACAACAUGAAAGCUGCCUGGGUUCUUGCUCAGCCAAAUGUUAUCACUGACGGACGUGAAUUCUUCACGUGUUUUUCAUGCAUUUGUUGUGACGGUGAACAUUUUUUUGUAAAU